AUGAACCGCCGCCGCAGAUACCUUCCCAUAUUUUCCGUCCACGCACAUCGAGCCCCGCGCGCGCCGGCAGAAAAAAGUUUACAAAAGUUCCAAUUUUGGUCCAAUCAUUCCCACAAAUGGGGCAAACUCUUUGGCACACUCGUGGCACCUCGUACGAAUGCCUUUAUACCCGUCAACGCGUUCACAUCUGAGACAGGGCGCCGGGGCGCAAGAUCAAGAGUGCAGAUCGGCCUUCAAAGUCCCCGCAGACGUUACGUGACCACUGCAAAGACCCCAAACUGUCAACAACUAAUCCUUGACCCCAUAGGACCUUCCUGUCACCGUUUCAUCGUCGUCGCUGGCACAUUGCGACUGAAAUCGCGUGAAGAGCAAAAACGUCGAAAACGCCCCGAUGCGCCACGCAACAACGAAGCGGCCAAAACCCCCGAAACUUUACUCCUACACUAUUCCAAACGUCCUCUAUAA